AUGACCACAUCACGCGGAUUUGUCAAUAUGCCACAAACAAUAUUUGACAGAACAGACAAUACAGAUUUGGAUAUAAGCGAUGAGAUGGAAGAAGUUCGCGAACUUUUGUACGAAUUAAUUAAAACCAAUUUUUCAUCAGGUGUUAUGGCAGAGCAUCUGGCGAAAAUAUAUAAAGAAAGCUAUGAAACACGUGGUUUAGGGCCGUUGCUUCCGGAUAAUUGGCUUGAUCAUAUACGAGUGGCGGAAGAAUUUGAAGUUGUUAGUCGUGGUCCAAUUGCUAUGGUUUAUACACGACAACGCGAUGCACCACCACUUAUUGUUGAACUGCCAUGUAAUUCUUUGAACAUAACGAAGAGGCUUGUAUCGCCUAAGUUAAAGGAAACAGCCCGAAUUAGGCUUACUGAUCGAGAAUUGGCUCAACAGAUGAAGUCGAUAUUAUCGUUCGAACCGAUCAUUUGUCCGUCAACAAUAAGCGUUAUUGUGGUAAAAUGUGAUGAUGAAUCGGCCGAUAUUUAUGUACAGUUGGCCGGUACAAGAAAUAAUUUCGAACUGCUACGAUCAGCAAUGGAUUCACACUACGAAGAGCAAUCUUCCGGUGAACCAGUGACAGAACCGGAACUGGGUGGCGUUUAUGCAGUUCGUGAAUCGGAUGGACAUUGGUAUCGAGCACUAUUGAAAGUUCCUGAAUAUUUCACAUUGUUGGAUAACGGUCGAAUCGUAUAUGUGAAUGGUGCUACGAUUCGACGUCUUCGUGCGGAAUAUGCGCUUCCAAGAAUAUAUCCCAUUUAUGCAUUUAUUGUUACAUUGGGCAAAAACUAUGAUAAUGCUCCAUCGCUAUGUAUUUUGCGAACUGCUUGCCAUACUCAACUUCCGCUACCGCUACGAUUCAUAUCCGCGUAUAUCGAAAAUGGCUUAGUAAAAUAUAGUGUUCAAAGCUCGAUUGUGUGGAUUAAAGAUCGGAAGGAACACGAACAAAAUGUAAUAAAAGUAAUACCGACAUCGCCGCAAUAUUCAGUGACCGCUGGAGGAGCUGAAUUAGUUGCCAUGGAGUUAAGUGACAUGCCAAAGAAACGCUUUGCUGCUCAUGUUUUGGCUGUAUUCGAUGCCGAUAACAUCAGCAUACGACAAUGCUCAUUUGAUCCAAUCCCGGACUACAUAUCCAGUGCAGUAAAGCGAGACUCAUUGGCGCAGCCAUCACCACCACCCUUCAACGAAUUAAUACCAGGGCGUUUCUAUGCUGCGAAAUUGCGUCCAGAUUCGAAUUGGGAACGUGUACAAUUGCUUGGUCCAAGUGUUGUUGAUGCUGACUGUUUCCGUGUCUAUUCUGUUGACAUUGGUAUAUUCGGUAUUGUCCGGAAAUCAAAUAUACGUCAUCUCAAAAUUCCAAAUGGAUUGCGGAAAAUUUUGAUGGCAAAAUGUAAAAUAGCAGGAAUUAAACCAAAAAAUGGUGGUGAAGUAUGGAGUCGUGAGAGUCAAGUAGCGGUGUGCAAGGUAUUAACUGCUGCAGAACAUAUAGAAGUGGAACCGGUCAGUGAAUGGGAGCUAUUUGGGAAUCCAGGUUGUACUGUGGUACCCUUUGCAAUGGUGAAGAUUUUCGCGAAUGGUAAUAAUGUUGGUCAAAUGAUCUUUGAACAAGGAUAUGCCCAAUGUACACAGUAA